AUGACGUCCGCGAUUGCGAAGAAGAAUAGCGCAAAUGUUAUGCGCGAGCUCAAAGUCCACAAGCUCGUUCUCAACAUCUGUGUCGGUGAAUCCGGUGAUCGUCUCACACGUGCCGGUCGUGUCUUGGAGCAGCUUACUGGCCAGACACCCGUCUUUUCCAAGUCUCGCUUGACAAUUAGGACCUUCGGCAUCCGUCGAAAUGAGAAGAUCGCCACUCAUGUUACUGUGCGAGGCCCGAAAGCUGAGGAGAUUUUGGAGCGUGGCUUGAAAGUCAAGGAGUUUGAAUUGAAAGAACGAAACUUCAGCGGUGGUGGGUCCUCGAGUGCCGGUGCCGGUGGCUUUGGAUUUGGAAUCAACGAGCAUAUUGAUCUUGGUCUUAAGUACGACCCGACCACGGGUAUCUACGGUAUGGAUUUCUACAUCGUGCUCAAGCGAGCUGGCAACCGCGUCUCGAAGCGCCGCCGCGCCCCAUCCAGUAUCGGCAAGUUCCAGACAGUGUCGAAGGACGAUGCCAUUAAGUGGUUCCAGACCAAGUACGACGGCUUGGUAUUGUAACUGUGCAAAUAAACUUGAUUGGCGUAGCUAUCGUUUGAGAGUCUU